CGAUUGAAAUAGCACUGGGUUGGAGGAAGGCCAACCUGCCUCGGGGUCCAUAGAGUAGGAGAACCAUCUUCUUGGUUCUGCUCUCGGUUUCCUCUGGGCCCAUAGAGCACUGAAGCUGCGGAGCUCCGGGAGGUGGGGCCUAUGCAGAUAAGCGGCAGGUUUGGGCUGGGAGGCGGUCAGCUUUAUGCAGAUGAAGGGGGCGGUGUCUGCAUGUUGAUUAGCUGGGCCCGCUGCCGACGCUGCUGGGAGCCUAGCGGGUCCCGCUGCGGUUCGGGCUGAGGUGGCAUCUCUCUUCCAUCAACACCCCCACCCACGCCCCGUCCCUAGGUUCCUACCUUCCGAGGAUCGCUCUCGACCUCUCCCCUCAUCCCUUUCCCGCCUCUCCUCCCCACGCCAGUGUCCCCGUAUGCUAACCGCUCCAUUCGUGGCGCCCCCCCGCGUUUCUCCUCUCCUCUGCAAACCCCGCGACCUCCAGCAGCCCGCCCCCGCGGGCCGGAUCCUGCCUGGCUCAGCUUUCCCGCUCUCCUGGGGCUCGCGCCACUACAUCCUCGGGUGUCUCCUCUCGGGCUUCCCUGCUCCCUCCUCCUCCCGCCCCCUCGGAGCCCCCUCCUCCGCCCUGGCCAGCCGGCAUGCAGGUGUCAAUCGCAUGUACCGAGCAGAACCUUCGCAGCCGGAGCAGUGAGGACCGUCUGUGUGGACCCCGGCCGGGCCCCGGGGGCGGUAACGGCGGGCCGGUCGGCGGGGGGCAUGGGAAUCCUCGGGGAGGAGGCUCGGGCCCCAAGGCCCGGGCCACGGUGGUACCCCGACCCCCAGCGCCCGCUGGGGCCCUCCGAGAGAGCACCGGCCGAGGCACUGGCAUGAAAUACAGGAACCUAGGAAAGUCUGGUCUUCGGGUGUCCUGUCUUGGCCUAGGUACCUGGGUCACAUUUGGUUCUCAGAUCUCAGAUGAGACAGCAGAGGAUGUCCUGACAGUAGCCUAUGAGCAUGGCAUAAACCUGUUUGACACGGCCGAAGUGUACGCAGCAGGAAAGGCUGAAAGGACCCUCGGCAACAUCCUCAAGAACAAAGGUUGGAGGAGAUCAAGCUACGUUAUCGCCACCAAGAUUUUCUGGGGAGGACAAGCAGAAACCGAGCGAGGCCUGAGCCGCAAACAUAUCAUUGAAGGCUUGCGAGGAUCCCUGGAGCGCCUCCAGCUGGGAUACGUGGACAUCGUCUUUGCCAAUCGCUCAGACCCUAACAGUCCCAUGGAGGAGAUCGUGCGAGCCAUGACCUAUGUCAUCAACCAGGGCCUGGCCCUAUACUGGGGGACAUCCCGAUGGGGGGCUGCAGAAAUCAUGGAAGCCUACUCCAUGGCCAGACAGUUCAAUCUGAUUCCUCCAGUGUGUGAACAAGCUGAGCACCAUCUGUUCCAGAGAGAGAAGGUGGAGACGCAGCUGCCAGAGCUCUACCACAAGAUUGGUGUUGGCUCAGUCACCUGGUCCCCUCUGGCCUGUGGCCUCAUCACUAGCAAGUAUGACGGGCAAGUCCCAGACACCUGCAAGGUCACCGUCAAGGGCUACCAGUGGCUCAAAGACAGGAAAGUGCAGAGUGAGGACGGCAAGAAGCAACAAGCCAAAGUCAUGGACCUUCUCCCCAUCGCUCACCAGCUGGGCUGCACUGUGGCACAGCUUGCUAUUGCGUGGUGUCUCCGCAGUGAGGGUGUCAGCUCGGUCUUGCUGGGGGUGUCCAGUGCAGAGCAGCUGAUGGAACACCUGGGCGCCCUACAGGUGCUGAGCCAGCUGACUCCGCAGACCGUGAUGGAGAUUGACGGACUCCUGAGCAACAAACCGCAUCCCAAGAAGUAGUCCGUCGGGGACCGGAGCCGCUGCACCCCCGCCCCCAGCCCCAGUCGCUCUUCCCCGCCUCCCUCUCGCUGCUCGGGAUCCCUCCGCGCAGCGGCAGCCGCGGCGGCAGCGGCGGAGCCAAGGCGUCCCCGCCCACUAAUGAGUUCCGGCUUCGGCUUCGAGUAGCGGUCGCAUGAACCAAGCCAUAUCCUCCCGCAGUGGGGCCUGAGAGGAAAAGUAGUCCGCCGCCCCCUGCCGCGUUCUCCUAGGCCCUCUUGCUAAUCCUGGGCUGGAGCUACUGGGCGGCCCCUUCUCCACCAGCUGGUCUCGCUCCCUUCCCUCUUCCCCUAAUUGCCGAGGCCCAGGGGAAAAAAAGACCCAGGCAAAGAUACAAGACCCACGCAGAGUACCUCAAAAGUGGCCCCUGAAAUGUCAUCAAGGGGUAACAACCUAAAAAGAAGUGGGCUAUGAUGUCUUCUGGAACAAAGGAAAUGGGGGCUCUUACCUUAUGCGACACAAAGGAAGCCAGGCUGGUCCUGGCAGGACGUAAAUGAUAAUCUUUGGGAAACCAGGACCCAGCCUCAGCCAGGAGUUAGAGGAGGGCUUAAAACAAGAACUAGUGGUGAUACUUUGUUGUUGCCCGGAGGGGCAGGAUGGGGAGUACGGUGGCACUAGGGAAAUCAGAUGGCCCAUGGACAGCGUGUCCUGGCAAGAGUGGCCAGGAAGACCCUGGGAAAGCAGUUGUGCCGCUUCACAGGCAACAGGGACAGCCAUCAAGUCACAGCAGAGAACUGGCGCUGACAUACAAAGUUCAAGGAGGAGCCCUGAGCAGGCCUUCCCACCGGGCGGUGGGGGGCUGCGGCCUUCCUCCCCGCAAUGCUCUCAAAGCACUAAGGAAGGCCCCUCCCGUGUAAGACUUCCCAGGGAACUGUAAAUAAAAUCGCAGCUUCAUCAUCA